AUGGCGUUGAACGCUUCUCGAGAGGAGAUUCGAGACGAUCGCUACUAUCGCUCGCUGCUGCUUGGGCCCCGCAUAUGGGUCCGCGCACACGCUUUUAGCGCUAAAAACCGCAAACGCAAAUACCGCAAAGCCACCCACACCAUUCGGAAGGAGGAAAAAGAGCGGCUUCAAAUUGAGCUGGCGACUCUGCAAGCCCGCAUGGAAGAGCUCAAACAACAAGCAAUGGACUCUUUCGGCAAACCGGGACAGAUCGACAAGGACAGAGUCAUUACCAGCAAAGUUCUACGCGACGCUGUCCAGCGACAGCAACUUGAAUUCGCCACUAUCCAAGGAAUCAUGUCGGAAUACGCACUUUCAACGAUUCAAGCAGGUAGUCCCUUGCAGAGAUUUAUUCAUUUAAGUCGAGACGAAGGCUCUAGGAGAGAUACACUGCUGGCAUUGAAGCCGUUGAAGCUGAAGGAUGCGGAUUAUUUCUUAACCCAACGACGACCCAAUGUGGAUCCGUGCAAACCCAUGUGUGAAGACCGUCGCUACGAAUUGCCGAACGGAGAUUUCUGCUCCACACGCUUCACCACAAUCCAAUUUCACGGUGUGGAAAGUGUGAAACAAGUCUUUGAUACGCUGGUGGAUGGCGACAAAGGGGUGACGCAGAAUCGAUUGGUGUCGACGACCAUUAACGGGCUACUAAUGGAGUCGAAUACAGUGCUUUUCUCGCAGUUUUUCGAGCCCGACAAGGAGCCAGGCCACGAGAGAGGACGAGGAUUGAUCGUGGCGGACUUUGUGGACGAGGAUGAACGACAUCCCUAUCGCCCGUAUGAACGUAUUAGACGUAACAUCAACGCUAUACUGGAGCUGACGUCGUACACUCGUAAGAGCGUCGUCGUGCUAACCCGAUGGGUCUUUUCCCAAUUGAAUCGACCUUCGUUUGCGAUAUCGACGGACAAUUGGGACGAAUUGCGAGAUAACAUGGAUCGAUGGGGCGAAACUAUGCACCGCUCGAUGAUUGAAAGUCUCAAGCCGAGAGGUUGA